GCACAAGGCACACAAGGCUUCAUCAAUUCUAUGACCGCCACUUCGUCCUACUUUUUCUUCCCCUCAGGUUCGCAUGUCGCACGUCGAAUGUCGUCGUCUUUGGACAAUUGAAGUUCGCGAUUGGGUGCGAAUCGGUAUACGAGAGACAAAAAAAGAAGCGCAGUUGGUUGUUUGCUUUUGCAUGGCAAUCCGGAGUUGUUUGUUGUAGUUGAUUUCUCUCCUUAUUGGAUUCUUCUCUUCCUUUCCACUUCGUCUCAGCAAUUCCUUACGACGUUACGAACCUUCAUGGCCUUCCGAAGAUACCCUCAAUUUUUACGACCGUACUCAUUUUAAUUCCGAGUCUUCCGUUCUCUCCACUCCAUUGCAAUUCAUAUCUGGAUUCCUGCUUGAUUGCAUUUUUUCGCGCUUUUUUCACCACCGCAAGGCGGCGCGGCUAGACCGUCGCCAUGGAUCAACCACCACCACCUCCGCCACAUGGCAAUAAUCCUAGGCCGACAAAUCCAAACCCUAAUCUCCCACCCGGCAAAUAUGAUAUAUUCAUCAUACCGCCACAUUCAUCUGGGUCGGGUUUCCUCUACCUCCCAUCGCUGAAGCCAAGCCUGAACAGUUUCGCCGCAGGAUUUGCCAGUGCUUUGGUUUUGGUUGUCCUUGCCCAAAGUAUGGCGCCUGCUUUUCGGGUGUGGUACAGUAACUUCGAGGGAAUGGGAAACAUGGGAAUGGCAUUGUUGGUAAUAGGAGUUGGCGUUGGGGCGUGGUCUCUGGGAAGAACACAACAAGGUGGCGGUCCAAUACCUGGAGCGGGUGGUCCCGGUUCCGGCCCUGGGGGAAGCGGCGGAGGAGGAAAUUUCUAUGGUCAAUAUGGCCCCGGAUUCGGGGGCUAUGGCGGCGGUCCGAACCCCAAUGCUGGACCACCUCCCAACGAUGAUGUGCCUCCACCACCGCCUCCUCACGGUUCACCUCCACCUCCUAGGUCUGGGCCUAAACCUGGUCCGCAGAGCAGAGGAGGGCCGAAGCAGUCAUGGGAAGAAGACCCGCAAGAUGAAGAGCCAGGAGAAUCGCCUACACCACCUCCUCGACAGCCACGGCAACAUGCAUCCGAACAACCCCCUAAGCCGAGACCUAAAGAGCCUUCCCAAGAUGCUCCUUCCGAUUCUCCCAAGCCAUCUCCCAAGAAACGUAAGGAACCUAAGGAACCCCCUAGAGAAGCCCCCGAAGAAGCACCCAAAGAAACUCCUAAGGAACCACCGAAAGAGACGCCAAGAGAACCGCCCAAGGAACGACCUAAGGAUCCGCCAAAGGGUGCAUGGGAGAAGGCAAGAGAGGAAACCAGACGAAAGGAAGAAGAACGAAAAGCGAAGGAAGCCGAAGAUCGCAAAAAGGAAGAGAUAGCCAGACGCCUGAGGGAAUUGCGCGAGAAGGAAAAACGUGAGCGUGCCAGGCGCGAACAAGAAUUGAGAGAGAGACAAGAGCGCGAUGCGCGGGAAAGGGAACAGCGAGAACGCGAAGAACGAGAAAGGGAACGGGAGAGACAAGAAAGAGAACAGAAAGAGAAAGAGCGACGCGAGAGGGAGCAAAGGGAAAAUAGGGCACGAGAAGCUCGUGAACGGGAACUUCGCGAAAAGCUCGAAGAAGAACGGGCACGCCGAGAGAGGCUCGAGAAGGAAGUCAAGGAAAAGGAAGCGGCACGAGCUAGAGAGAUAGCUGAGGCAGCUCGACUGAAGGAAGUAGAAGCAGCCAGGUUGCGAGAGGCUGAGGCGGCUAGGAUACGAGAGGAAGAAGCCGCCAAGGUAAGAGAAGCAGUGGCUGCUAAGGUUAGGGAGAUGAGGGAGAAGGAAGCCGCGAGACAGCGGGAAGCCGAGGCUAACAGAUUAAAAAAACAGGAGGAGGAUGCGGCAAGGAGAAGAGAAGCCGAAGCAGCCAGGCUGAAAGAGCAGGAAGCGAAGGAGGCGGAGAGCAGGAGAGGUGCAUAUGCCUUCUCGUCCGUGGGAGAGAAGACCAACCCUUGGCCAAACGGAAAGCCACCUGUAACUCCCGUGCCUCCGUCUCCCAAACCAGCCCCGAGUACUGCGUCUAGCAAACACAGCGCCACUCAGAGUACUGCUUCCAGUCGACCACCACCAACAGCGACCCCAAGACCAAGUCCAAGACCAAGUCCAGCACCCAGUGCAAAGGCGCAAAGCACCAGCGCCCCUAGCGGCGUCAACGAAGAGACGUAUUCGUUUCGACCAUACGACCAGCCCAAGAGCCACGGUCGAAAAAAGUCGAGUGAAACAGCCUUCACAGGAUCAUCAUAUGCUUCGCAUUCAACAGCACGGACAACGCCCCCACCAUCUGAACGGUCUCAUUACGAAACCAACGACCCGAAGAAGAUUGUCAUCAAAGCUGUAUACGGUUUCCUUAAUCAGUUUUCCAAAACACCAGCUUCCCAGCUCAUCUCUGGUGUUGGUCCAGUCACCGAUGGCUUAAUUCUUCGCAUAUCGUCGGAGGGCAUCUUUAUCGACGACGAUGUUCGUAACGAGCCGCAACGAGAUUGGGAUGUCAAAGCCUGGACACUCAAGACCGUCGAGAUAUGGUGUCCGGCGCAUUGCGUAACAGAAUCCGCUACAGCCGCCGCAAAAGCGCCAUCCAGAACUCAUCGUUUCCGAUCCUCGAUACGUGGCGAUCCGAAAACGUUAACAGGUGACGAUGCCGCGGCAUGUGUCGCUGAGCUCUCACAUUCUUGCAAGAACGAGUGUCGCUACACCCAAGGCGCACGCAGUACCACGUCGACCUUCGUUAGUAGCGGUAGGAGACGUGGUCUGCAUCUAAUGCGCGCAACGGUGAGAGAUCAGGAAGGCAAAAGACAUUUGUUUGUGAUCGACGGAGAAGAGGGCUGGAAGUUAGCGGAAGGCCUGACUCAACUGCUCAAAGGCAGUCAGCACAGGCAACUUGGUAUCCAAUGCAUGGCGAAGACCGAAGCCCAAACCAUACUCGAGACUCUUGGAUGGUGACUAAAGCCGGCGCCGGUGGGGACUCAUCGCAUUUAUGGGAUAUCAUCUGGCAGGCGAUGGGCAACUGGAAUGCUGAGGUCGUGGUCACAUUCCAUCGUUGCCAGCCUGCAUUCUACUGGAUGGACUUACCAUCCCUUCUUUGUCAAUACUUAAUCGUUCGUUCUUUCUACCCAAAUGCAUUGGCGAUGCGCGACGGCGUACCGGGAGUGAGGGGGGGUUUUUCAGUUAAGUCUUAAUUUGCGAAGACGGAGGGCGCAAUUCUUCUAUGGAGUGGGAGGGCUUAGCAUAGCACGAGAAACCGCAUGUAGAGAGUUGAGAUUGCCACCGAUUUGACCCGGUCGAUUAACUGGAUAUACCACCGCUGAGACAAUGAAAAUAUAAUGAUACGAAAACCUUUA